AUGGAGCAACGCCGAGGUCAUCAUGGUGGGAUGAUUGAAUUCAAGAGGUUGUCUCCUCCAGUUUUUGAGGAGACUACUGAGCCUAUGGAAGCAGAAAAAUGGAUCAUUGAGAUGGAGAAAGUAUUUAGAGUUCUUGAAUGCUCUGAGGAAUUUUCCAAGUUAGCCAAAUUUGCUCUGACAAUGGUGGUGGAUGAAGAAAAUAAGGCUCGAAGGUUUGAAGAUGGAUUAAGAUUCCGAAUUAAGCAAGGAAUUGUGCCCUUUGAGUUGACUACCUUUAGGGCGGUGGUGAGUAAGGCUUUACUAGUGGAGAUGGGGCUUAAUGAGGCUCAAGCAGAUAGAGAUAAUAAUCAGAAGAAGAGGCCUAGGCCUCAUGCAGCUAAGGAUUGCCAUUGGAAUACUGGAGCAUGUUUCUCAUGUGGACAAAGGGAUCACAGGAUUGCUGAAUGUCCUCAACGGAAGGAGGUUCAGACCAUUCCAAGACCAACAAUAGGACAGAAUCAGGGAGCAAGCCAUAAGCCCAAGAUCCAAGGAAGGGUUUAUGCACUCACUCAACAUGAUGCUAAUACUUCUAAUGCUAUGGUAACAGGUAUUAUCCCGAUUUCCACAACUUAUGCUUAUGCAUUGUUUGAUCCUGGUGCCAUUCACUCCUUCAUAUCUUUUAAUUUUGCAUAG